UCAGCCUUAGGGGAAUGCGGAAACAACGAUGGCUUGUUUUGAGAAUUCGAAAUAAGAUAUUACUGUAACAGCAACAAUGAGCACCGGAACACCUUAUAUUGGUAGUAAAAUAAGUCUAAUCUCCAAGGCCGGGAUUCGUUAUGAGGGCGUUUUGUAUACAAUCGACACGGAUAACGCAACGGUGGCUUUGGCAAAGGUUAAAUCAUUCGGGACAGAACGACGGCCUACAGACAGACCAGUGCCACCCAAAGAUGACAUUUAUGAAUACAUAAUUUUCAGAGGGAGUGACAUCAAGGACAUAACGGUCUGUGAGCCACUUAAACCACACCAUGGUUUACCUCAGGACCCUGCAAUUGUACAGUCAUCCAUUGGGAGCUCCCUGUCCACAUACCCAUCCCAGGCCCCAUACAGUCCCUACCGGAGUAUGGUGCCUUCCUACAACCAACUGGCUGCCAGCUCUCUACUCAACCAGCAGUAUGCUGCUUCCCUGGGUCUAGGAGCGGGACUUCACAGCCUUCCAGCAAGACGAGGCCCUAUGGUAGAGCAGGCUGUCCAGACUGUACCAGCUGAGAAUGCUGCUGAAAAAAGGGUCCAGUCAGCCCCCCAGCAGCAAGGCAGAGAGUCUGGUUGGCUUUCCCAGCACUCUGGCAGAGAUGGCCCUCUGUCUCAGAGGGCUGCUUCCAGUGGUCAAGCACUGCGUGGCACAGCCCAGGAACAAAGGCAAGGCAAUGAUGAGAACUGCAGACCACAGAGACGAAGACAAGGCAAUCGUAGGGCAAGGAACCGUGGGAGAGGUCAGCUUCUUGUAGGAAACUCAAAAGCCAGAACCUUAGAAUUUGAGUCUGACUUUGAUUUUGAAACUGCCAAUGCUCAGUUCCACAAAGAUGAACUCGAGAAGGAGCUUCAGGAAAAGUUGACCAUUAAAGACCCAGAGGAGGAGUCUGGGGUUAGUGAGGGCCAGAACACUGAGGGCACAGUGGAGGAUCCUCCUGGGGAGAAGUUCUACUAUGACAAAACAAAGUGCUUCUUUGACAAUGUCUCCUCUGAGAUGAAGUCUAGUAGGACCACCUGGGCAGAGGAGAGGAAGCUGAAUGUGGAGACGUUUGGCGUUCCGGGCCGAUUCCUGAGGGGCAGAGGAUUCCGAGGGGACAAUCGUGGGAGAGGAGCUGGGAGGGCCAACCAGCGCCCCAUACCCAAAGUAGACAGUGCAAGGGUGUGAACAGGACCUGAGCCCUAGGACCAUGCCCCAGGACUACCUGACAUGAUGACUCCUUGCUGUCCCCAGUCCACCUGGCCAUGCUGCUGCUCCAGUUUCAACUGGCCUGGGCCCUAGGACCAUGUCCCAGGACUACCUGACAUGACUCCUUGCUGUCCCCAGUCCACCUGGCCAUGCUGCUGCUCCAGUUUCAACUGUUCUGCCUUACUAUUAUUCAACCAUGCUGGUCAUUUAUGAACAUUUGAACAUCUUGGCCACGUUCUGUUAUAAUCUCCACCCGGCACAGCCAGAAGAGGACUGGCCACCCCACAUAUGCUCUCUCUAAUUCUCUCUUUCUUUCUCUCUCUCUCGGAGGACCUGAGCCCUAGGACCGUGCCCCAGGACUACCUGACAUGAUGACUCCUUGCUGUCCCCAGUCCACCUGACUGUGCUGCUGCUCCAGUUUCAACUGUUCUGCCUUAUUAUUAUUCGACCAUGCUGGUCAUUUAUGAACAUUUUAACAUCUUGGUCAUGUUCUGUUAUAAUCUCUACCCGGCACAGCCAGAAGAGGACUGGCCACCCCACAUAGCCUGGUUCCUCUCUAGGUUUCUUCCUAGGUUUUGGCCUUUCUAGGGAGUUUUUCCUAGCCACCGUGCUUUUACACCUGCAUUGUUUGGGGUUUUAGGCUGGGUUUCUGUACAGCACUUUGAGAUAUCAGCUGAUGUACGAAGGGCUAUAUAAAUAAAUUUGAUUUGAUUUGUACCUGG